AUGAAGAAGAUCGAGAAGAAAGAGUCACGAGCCGUUGCUUUAUCCAAACGCCGUACUGGUCUUUACUGUAAACGUUCUCUUCGUGAAGAAGAUAAUCUUGGAGGGUUAGGGGGGUUACGGUGGGAAGACGAGGAUCUUGCUGAAUCGGAAAAUCCAGAGGAGUUGAGGGGUGCGAUCGACUCCAUGUCUAAAAUGUUGAGAAACCUGAAGGAACUGCGUGAUCGUGUGGACUCUGUGAAUCAGAGAGAUCAUCAAGAUGACGUGAAGAACAACGACAUCAAGAAGCAGGAUCUUGUUCCACACGAAACCCUAAAUCUUCAGUCCACUUUUGCAAUAUCAGAUUCUUUACCUAUAGAUCAUUUCAACAAGAUAGCUCAAGAACAGGAUCAGAUCAUGGCUACAGGAAACUUGGAUGAUGGAUACACCAAACCAGAGCAGCUGGUUCUCGAUCAAUUCAUAGAUGUUGAGAGUUUGUUCGAUGGGCUUUACGACACCACAGAAGAGUAUCCAGACUCUGCUGAUGAAUUCGGAGAUGGAAGAUGUCUCCAUGGUGAUGACGAAUACAAAUACUGUAUGUGCCCUGAUUCUUAA